AAUUGUGCGGUGGCUACAGCUGAAGAAAGUAAUACGAAAAAGACUUACAUUGUUUACGUGAAAAGACCAGAAAAUAUGCUCCCUCUUUCGAACGGAGGAAACAAUUUUUUAGAUCCUUGGUAUCAAACAUUUUUACCUGCGAGCAGUUCUUCUGUUGGUACCAUGAGCUCGGAAAUCGAAGGAGGCGGCGGCGGUGGCGGCAGGGACCCACGUCUGGUUCACACGUACAACAGUGUGGCCACCGGCUUCGCAGCCAAGUUGACGGAGGAGGAAGCCAGACAAGUGGCUGCCAAAGAAGGUGUCAUCUCAGCUAAACCGGAGAAACUCUACUCUUUACACACCACUCGUACCCCCGACUUUUUGGGAUUGCGCCAAGGGCUAGGGUUGUGGGACAAGGCCAAGUUAGGACAAGGUGUCAUAGUGGGUGUUCUCGACACCGGAAUAAAGCCGGACCACCCUUCGUUCAAGGACGAUGGGAUGCCUCCUCCGCCACGUAAAUGGAAAGGCAUGUGCCAGUUUUCUGGCUUCGGCGGCUGUAACAAAAAGCUGAUCGGAGCUAGGAAUUUUGUAACCACUAACGAAACAGAAAAGCCUUUAGAAACGCCUCCGUUGGACGUGGAAGGACACGGGACGCACACUGCGAGUACGGCAGCCGGGAACUUUGUUAAGGGUGCAAAUGUGCUGGGAAACGCCAACGGCACGGCGGUGGGAAUGGCACCGCUUGCCCACUUAUCGAUUUACAAAGUAUGCGGACUCGAAGGUUGUUUUGAGAGUGACAUUUUGGCUGGGAUGGAAGCUGCCGUGAACGACGGCGUUGAUAUUCUCUCUUUGUCCAUCGGCGGAGGAGAAAAUGAUCCCAUGCACGCUGACGCGAUCGCCGUCGGUGCCUUCUCUGCUAUCCGAAAGGGUAUCUUCGUGAGUUCCUCGGCUGGGAAUUCUGGUCCUGAACAUUCCACUUUGUCAAACAUAGCUCCUUGGCUUCUCACUGUCGGAGCCUCCACCAUUGACCGGAAAAUCAAGGCAACGGUGAAGAUUGGAAACGGAGAGGCAUUAGAUGGGCAGUCGAUGUACCAACCCAAGACUCUAAACUCAGCGGUGUUUCUGCCACUCGUUUACGGCGGAGCAAGCAAAAUUAACAACUCCAAUUACUGCGAUAACGGUACGCUAAGCGCAGACAUCGUUGCCGGGAAAAUCGUGGCUUGUGACAGAGGCGGGUCUCUCGGGAGAGUCGCAAAGGGGUUGGAAGUGAAGAGAGCCGGCGGUGUAGCCAUGAUUUUGAUGAAUCGAAAGUCAGACGGGGCGGUCACUUCGGCUGAUGUUCACGUGCUCCCGGCGAGUCACGUGAGUUACGCCGAGUCGUUGAAGAUCAUGGCAUAUAUAAACUCGACAACGUCACCAACGGCUACGAUAUCGUUUGAAGGAACUACGCUGGGAGAUUCAACUGCACCAACCAUUGCUUCGUUCUCAUCCAGAGGUCCGAGUCUAACCAGCCCUGGUAUUCUGAAACCGGACAUUACAGGUCCCGGCGUCGAUAUUUUGGCUGCAUGGCCAAUCUCCCAUGGCAACUCGUCUUCAGAAGUUGCAACGUUUAACACCGCUUCAGGUACUUCCAUGUCUUGCCCACAUCUCAGUGGAGUAGCUGCUUUGCUCAGAAGCACUCACCCUAACUGGUCUCCGGCCGCCAUUAAGUCCGCCAUGAUGACAACCGCCUACGUCAUCAACGGCGGAGGAAAACCCAUCCCGGACGAAACCAGCAAUCCAGCAGACUUGUUCGCCACCGGCUCAGGCCACAUAAAUCCGGCAUUAGCACAAGAUCCAGGUCUGAUCUACGACUUGAAACCAGAAGAUUACAUACCUUAUCUUUGUGGACUGAGCUACUCAGACACACAAGUCUCAAUCAUCGUUGACCAAUAUGUGAGGUGCAACGAAGUCAAAACCAUAUCAGCAACAGAGCUCAAUUAUCCCUCCUUUUCUCUAAUUUUCAACAGUAAGUCACCUGGGCCCCAGACCUACACAAGAACAGUCACCAAUGUUGGUCUAGCUAACUCGGUCUACAAUUCGGUGGUUUUCGACCCAGAUGGAACUAAAGUCGUUGUCAAUCCUAGUAAGCUUACAUUCACAGAAUUGAACCAGAAGCUUAACUAUACAAUCACAGUUACCCCAACAACUGUACCUACUUCUUCCCAGAGCAAUUUCAGCCAGGGAUAUUUGAGAUGGGUUUCUGAUCAUAAACACUCUGUUAGAAGCCCAAUUUCUGUCAUUUUUGAGUAAUAAAAGGUUUGGAGAUGAAGGAAAAAAAACUUGAGCUCAAGGUGAAACAUUGUUUGAGAAUGGAUUUAAUAAUAAUAACAGCAAAAAUAUGUUAUAUAUACAUAUAUAUAUUUCCAUUUCAAUAAAUUAUUUGAUGAGGUAGCUAGCUAUAGGGAUUUGAGCUUUUUUUGGAGAGGGCUUCUUUGAUCUCUAUGUAAGGAUACUUGUACUGGGUUAAUGAAGAUUUG